UCGUCAACACGGCAACCGUUUUCGAAUGUGUGAGGGUGCAGAAAGUCAAACUGCUUCCUACAGAACCUCAAAUAUUGGUAACUGCAAUUCGCAGCAGUCCUUUUUUGCCGAAGCAUGGGAAAAUCACGCCGGAAUAGAAUGCGCGGAAACCGCAGCGAUCCCAUCGCAAAGCCCGUGAAACCGCCAUCAGACCCAGAACUCGCCAAGCUCCGCGAGAGCAAGAUCUUGCCCGUCCUGAGAGACUUGCAGAGCCCAGAAGCAAAGUCCAGGACAGCAGCUGCUGGCGCCAUUGCCAACAUCGUUCAGGAUGCAAAAUGCAGGAAAUUGCUUCUGAGGGAACAGGUCGUCCAUAUUGUCCUCACCGAGACCCUCACAGAUAACAGCAUCGACAGCCGGGCGGCGGGUUGGGAGAUCCUCAAGGUUCUCGCCCAGGAAGAGGAGGCGGAUUUCUGUGUUCACUUGUACAGGCUCGACAUCCUCACCGCGAUUGAGCAUGCUGUCAAGGCGAUCCUCGAAACGCUUACUGCAACCGAGCCCUCCUUUGCAAAGCUGUUGAGAGCUCAACAACGUCUGGUGUGGGACAUCACCAGCUCCUUGCUCACUCUUGUAGGUCUCCUGGCAUUAGCCCGCGAAGAGAUCCUGGAAGCCAUUGUAGGAAACCAGACCAUCCUGCGCCUCCUCUUCCGUUUGGCCUCCACAGACAUUGCGCCUCAGGAGAUCUUCGAGGAGGCCAUGUCCUGUCUCAUGACCUUGUCCGAAGACAGUUUACAGCUCGGGCAGGCGAUGACCAAUGACCAAGAGACGCGGUGCUACGACGUCCUGCUAAAACUCGCAACCGGAGCUGGCCCGAGAGCGGUGCUGUCUUGUGGUGUCCUGCAUAAUGUCUUCUCGUCAUUACAAUGGCUCGACCACAGCCCCGGCAAGGACGGAGCAUGUGAUGCGGCCCUGAUCCCCAGUUUGGCUCGGGCGCUGGAACAGGUCACCCCGGGCACCGCGACCACCAACGGCACUUCGAGCCAUUUCGAGAUUACCCAAGUCGCUUUGGAAAUAUUGACAUCUAUCGGGACCGACUUCCAAGAAACGCUCGUCAAGGGCAACCGCACACCUUCUGGGCCUGCCCAGGCUGAUGAGGAGUGGAAUGGCAUUGAUGGCGCGGACGGGGACGCAAUGGAAGUCGAUGAAGGUUCGAAUGCCGGACCUGAAGAGGAUGGGGAAGGUGAAGAUGAGGACGACGGUGACGAAGGCGAGGACGACUCAGUCGACUCAGAGAUCGAAGCCGACAUGGAUCUCGUCACGGCGGGAGAGGGCUCAGGAGCCAGCCACAUCGACGACCUACCCACCCUCCGGGAGCUCAUUCAGAAAGCCGUUCCACAGCUCAUCCGACUCUCCAACAUCCCCGUCGACAGUGAAGAAGCCCUUGCCAUCCAGUCCCAUUCUCUUUCCGCGCUCAACAACAUCGCUUGGACCAUCUCCUGCCUCGAGUUUGCCAACGGCGAGAAUGCCAACGUCUUCGGUGCAUGGUACCUGACAGCUAAGAAGAUUUGGCGUAAGACAAUAGCGCCCAUUCUUGAGGCCGACAGCGCAGACCUCAAGCUAGCCACACAAGUAACCAGCCUGGCUUGGGCCAUCGCCCGGGUCCUCACCGGCGAGACGCCUGCAAACAGCAGCCCGCACCGGAAAUUCAUCUCGCUCUACCAGGCCUCCAAAAGUCAGAUGCAGCAACCCGAGCCCAGUACGAGCGAGGGCGGGACGCAAGACCCGUUCCAGGGUCUCGGGGUCAAAUGCAUUGGCGUGUUGGGCUCGCUAGCCCGCGAUCCCGCCCCGCUCGAGGUGAACCGGGAGGUGGGAGUCUUCCUGGUGACACUGCUCGGCCAGGAAACGACACCGCCGGCCGACGUCAUCGAGGCCCUGAACCAGCUCUUCGACAUGUACGGCGAUGAGGAGGUACCGUGCGACAAGGAAGUUUUCUGGAAGGACGGCUUCCUGAAGCAUAUCGAGGAGUUUGUGCCAAAGAUGAAGGCGCUGACUAAGGGUAUCGAUAAGAGGACGCAGGCAGAGCUGAGGACGCGGGCGGACGAGGCGCUGUUGAAUCUGGGGCGGUUUGUGCAAUAUAAGAAGAAACAUGCGCCGAAGUAAGGCGGCUGUUUCCGCUGAGAUGGAGGUUAGGACUGGCUUGCCCACAGACGACUCUGUGCAAUGGGUCUAGCCGUUUCUGUAGGUAGGAGAGUUCCGGCCUCCGUCGGACCUGGCUGGCUAUUUUGUUGG